AUGCCUAAUCCAGGAGCCUUCAAAGGUGCUCGAAAAGACUUCUUGAUGUCUCAGAAGCAAACCUAUGCCACCGCUGUUGCCGAGGACAACAUCAAAGAGACUGUGAUGUCUAUUCAACGACGCUUUUUCAAGCGUUUUCCACUUGACAAACCUGUUACCUAUGAACCUACAGCAGAAGAGCUUGCCCUUGUGGACGACGAUGUGGCCGACGCAGAAACUGUACCUAUCGGACCUCUUUCAGAAAGCGACAGGGAGUUAAGCGAGACUAGGCGUCAAUUGGCAGAGUUUCGCAAAGGCCAAAUUGCACGUUGGCUGGCAUAUCAGUAUGCCCGCGACAAUGGCAAGCAGAAGAAGGCAGACGUAUCUCUUCUAGACAUCCUUCGGCAACUGACAGGGAAGGAAGCGUGCCGUCCUCGCAUGAAGACACCUGCAAACGUCUGGCGAAAAACUCAACGGGAUGCCAUUGAUCGCGAAUACGAGAGACAGGCCGCACUUGCAAGACUUCGAGGCCAGCCUGUUAAGUCAAGCAACAAAGUUGCGGAUCGGGAUCGCAUCGCAAGAGAGAUGUAUGCGGCAUUACCGAAAAGCGAGCAGGAGAGGUGGAAGAAGGUUGCUAAAGAAGAACAUGAGGCAGCCAUGGAGAUGUAUGACGGCGACAACGAGCUUUCAACUGAUCCAGCAGAUCGACAACGGGCAAUUCAAAGCAUCGUAGAGGUUAUGCAACCUAUCCUUGAUCUACUCUGCGAGGCGACAGGGUGGAAAGCAACAUUGUUGGUUGGUGGUCCAGAGCCAGCUAAGGACGGGCUGUUGAAUGUAAUCAGAAAACCAACUGAAACAUACCAGUAUUCACUCGGGGGAAACAGCGGGGGAAGUGAAGCUGAAUUUUGGCGCCUCCGAGCGAACUUGCCCCGGAAGAAUGUCGAGCCCGUGCCCUCAGUGCAAACGACCCUCUUCGUGCUAGAAAAUUCCAGCUCUUCUCAGUAUGUUGAUGCCUCUAUUACGGAGCCUGCAUCUGCUGCACCCGGUCCAUCCCAACAAACAUCAAACCCGCCACAAACUGCCUUACAGCCCUCGGUACCAACUGAAGUCAGAUCUAUGCCGCCCGUCCCGCCCACGAUGUCAACAUCCACGUCUAACUCGAACCCAUUCCCAUUUGACUUGCCGGAAAACAUGUCGACACACGGAUCCCCCGUACCGUCUCCUGUAACCUCUCGAUGCGGCACGCCAGUGCAAGACUUUACUGACAGGACGCCCAAUGUUGUGCAACCGCUCAGUGGCACUCAGGAAAUUGCGCCUAGAUCAAUUGUUCACGCGACGGAUUCCUUGGCAGCCACGUCAGCAGAUGCCAGUGCUUUACCGCAUCGCGAACAAAUGCUUGUUCCUUCAACGGGAAAAAAGUCCAAAAAGAAGGGUAAAAAGGCAGGAAAGGCAACAACGUCUACAGCGGAGGCUACCAGGACGCGGGAAAAGCGAAAGGCAACUGCACCUCUGCCAGAUGCACCAACCGCACCGGCUCCGCCUCCAAGAAAACGGGUGAAACAUAGCUUCUACUAUGAAGAUGCUAGAGGAAACCGUGUCAAUAAGUGGGGUAUACGUGUAGACAACAAUGGUAAUCCUUUGCCAUUAAUUGACGAGCCCGAUGGGGCAGAUGAGGUGCAGCCACAGUAG